AUGUUAUCCAAAAUUACUCAAAACACCUUGAAGUCUCUCUCCGGAUAGUGCAAGCAAGCUUUCUCUGUUAGAAAAGCUUUCUACGACUUCAUUUACAAGGAUGACAAGUCUGCUGAAACCUACAAGGUUACUACUGCUGACCCCAGAACUCCCGUCUAGGGUUUCAGAGGCCAAACUGCCGAAGACGUUGCUGCCAAGUACGAAGUCACCAAGCUUGCCAACGGUGUCACCAUUAUCACUGAAUCUUAAACUUUCCCUUCUCAAGUUGAUAUGGGUAUUCUUUUGGACGUCGGUACCAGAGAUGAAACCAACGAAACUUCUGGUUCUUUACUCUCCAUCAAGAACACUUACCUCAAGACUGUCUUGAACACAAACGAAACCAUUAACUACGGUGUUGUUCAACAAUCUGGUGGUUCUUUCGAAAUGGAAUAUGACUAAGAAACUGCUUACUUCAAGGCUAACUGCCUCGCUCACGAUGCUACCGAUGUCUUCUCCAUGGUUGCUGACUGUGCUCUUGAACCCAGAUCUACCGUCGCUGCUUCAGUCGGUGUUGAAAAGAACUAAAAUACCCACAAGCUCGAAUCUUACCUCAAGACUGGUGAACUUUUCAACGAAAGCGUCUUCAAGACUGCUUAUGGUUUGAAGGGCUUAGGUUUACCCCUUAAGGGUUUAAGAGGAAACGUUAAGAACUUGUCUUCUUACACUUUAUAAAAGUUCUAAUUGGAAAACAUCACCCCCAACAGAAUCUUCGUCUGCGCUGCUGGUGUUGAAUCCCACCAAGAAUUCGUUGACCUCGUUCAAACCAAGCUUGCUUAAAUCCCCUCUGCUGAAGGUCAAAAGACCCACCAAAGAGAAAAAUCCGAAUAUCUCGGUGGUGAAGUUAGAAACUUAACUGAAGAAAGCAACGUCACCCUUGCUUUAUUAUUCUAAUCUGUUCCUUGGAGCUCUGCUGACAUAGUUGCUUUCAACGUUGCUGCUGCCCUUCUCAACAACCUCAGACUCAAGAAGAACCUCUUAUAAAAGUACGCUUACUUCGAUUAAGCUGAAGCCUUGAACUUCCACUUCACUGACUCUGGUUUAUUCGGUCUCAGAACUUCUGGUUCUGCUGAUAGAGCUAAGGACAUUCUUAACCACAGUAUUGCUGAAUUGAAGGCUAUUGCUUCUGGUGUUAAUGCUGAUGAACUCCUUACUGCUAAGGCUGCCCUUAAGAACUCUGUUCUUUCUGCUCUCGAAAGACAAACUGACAGACUCGAAGAAACUGUCAAGAAUGUCAGAACUUUCAAUAAAAUUCAACACACUGAUUACGUUAAGCAAAUUGAUUCCGUUACUGCUGAUCAAGUCGCCAAGGCUGUUGCUAAGGUUUUGACUUCUAAUCCUACCUUCGUUGCCCAAGGUAGUCAAGUUAAUGCUCUUCCUACUUAUGAUGCUAUUAGAAACCUCCUCAAGUGA